AUGUCCCUCCCGGAGAACGCCUCUGCGGCCGUUGACGCCGAGAAAGAGAUGCAGCCCAGCGAGGUCGCCGCCGACCAGGGCGCCGGCGCGCACGAGGUCUCCGCGGCGCCCGAAGUCUUCGCGGCGCCCGAGGUCUCCGCGACGCCCGAGGUCUCCGCGACGCCCGAGGUCUCCGCGACGCCCGAAGUCUCCGCGACGCCCGAGGUCUCCGCGGCGCCCGAGGUCUCCGCGGCGCCCGAGGUCUCCGCGACGCCCGAAGUCUCCGCGACGCCCGAGGUCUCCGCGGCGCCCGAGGUCUCCGCGGCGCCCGAAGUCUCCGCGACGCCCGAGGUCUCCGCGACGCCCGAGGUCUCCGCCGGGCCCGAAAUCUCCGCGACGCCCGAGGUCUCCGCGACGCCCGAAGUCUCCGCGACGCCCGAGGUCUCCGCGACGCCCGAGGUCUCCGCCGGGCCCGAAAUCUACUCGACGCCCGAGGUCUCCGCGGCGCCCGAGGUCUCCGCCGGGCCCGAAAUCUCCGCGACGCCCGAGGUCUCCGCGACACCCGAGGUCUCCGCGACGCCCGGGGUCUCCGCCGGGCCCGAAAUCUCCGCGACGCCCGAGGUCUCCGCGACGCCCGAAGUCUCCGCGGCGCCCGAGGUCUCCGCCGGGCCCGAGGUCUCCGCCGGGCCCGAGGUCUCCGCCGGGUCCGAGGUCUCCGCGGCGUCCGAGGUCUCCGCGGCGCCCGAGGUCUCCGCGUCGGCCGAGGUCUCCGCGGCGUGCAAAGUCUCCGCGGCAUCAGGGGCGACCCUCACCAGCCCGAGCAUGAAGCCUGCGCAGGCUUCGAUGCCGGCGGGGGAUCCCGCGACGCCAAGCGCGGCUGCGGCCUCGCGCGCCUCCCCCCAGAGGAGGUCGGCGCCCACCAGCCCCGCCUCCGGCCCCAAGCGCGUGAUGCCCACGCUGAUUGGCCUCGGCAGGCAAGAGCCGCCACUUCUUGAGGGCGGCACGAAUGCAAUGCCUUCAGAAGCGCCGCUCGAGGAGCAGGCGGGCGCCGAGGAUGAGAAGGCGUCUUCUGACGCCGCCAACCAGGCUGCGACGGCGGCCGCCCAGGACAUCGCAGACGCUGUGAGACCCUGGAGAAGAACGGAGCUCCCCGACGGAUGGUGCGGCUCCGGCCGCACUGUGCUUCUCCCGACGUCCACUCCGGUUCCUGCGGACACCUGGAGAUACGCGGGCCCCGACUGCAAGGUGGUGAUGACGCGCGUCCGUCGCUACCCUCUCGCCGAGGCGCCGCUCAGGGAACAGCUCAACGUCGCCCGGGAGCGAGGCGGCCUCAUCGGCGCUGUGAAAGCAGCUGCCGCCGGCGAGGGGCACUGCGCUGUGCGCACAGAAGACUUCUGCGGCUGGGCGGAGCAAACGAUUUGCGGCUGCGAGCCAGCUCAGGAGUACCCAGUCGUCGAGAUUCGCACCUCCGACGUGAGCAGCCUUCCGCAGUCGAUUCCCGCGCCGCUGCCUCGAACGGGGCAGAUCGCCGACACGCAGAGUCUCCACUCCUCGCGCAGCAGCCUCUCGCUCGUCGCCGGCGAGGUGGCCGCCUUGGAGCCGCGCUUCUCCGUCUCGCUGUCGCUGAAAGCUGGCUCGGAGGCGCGGGGCGAACAGGCCUCGCGCGACUCGGCGAGCAGUGAGCGGCUCGCCAAGAGCGAACUUGAACGCCUCUCCAGCGCCGGCGACGCCGGUUCCCAGGAAACAGUCCCCGAGCCUGAGCCCGCAGCUGAGGCGGAGGUGGCGUGA